AUGGCGGACAGUUCCAGCUCGAGUGCCCCGGCUGCGGCCACAGGAGGCACCGGCAAGCCCCAGGCGGCUCCCAGACCACCCAACCCGGUGUUCAAAAUGAUGGGCAUGCCGAAUAUCCGCUUCAAACUGCCAUCCCGGAAUUGGAUGAUCUUCUUCACCAUCACGGGUUCCUUUGCCGGCGCGCUGAUCUACGACCGUCGGGAAAAGCGCCGCGCGCAAAAGAAAUGGUGUGAGCUCGUGGCUCAUCUUGCUGAUGAGCCACUGGCGGUGGAGCAGAUGCGUCGCAAGUUGACGGUCUAUCUGGCUGCUCCUCCUGGUGAUGGGUUACGUGUCGCUCGCGACCACUUCAAGGAAUACGUCAAGCCUAUCUUGACCGCCGCGGCCUUGGACUAUACGGUGAUUGAGGGUCGACGGGAAGGUGAUGUGAGAGUAGGAACCGCUGAGAGCAUUCGAAAAUUGCGGCGAAAGGCAGGCGAGUCGAGCGCAACCGUCGAGGAGCCCACGGUGGACAGCGCAGUGGCUGAGAUGCGUGAGCGUAUCGGCAUUCAUGACGAGCCGGGUCCCAAGGGUGACAUCGUGAUCGGCCGGCAUACUUGGAAAGAGUAUAUUCGAGGUCUGCAUGAGGGCUGGCUGGGUCCUUUGGAUCCUCCUACUCCAUCUCCUGGGCCAUCUUCUGAGCCAUCUCCUGCACCCGAAGCUGCUACCCCCGAGACAUCUAAACCUCAGGUAGAGAUUACGGCUGCAGAGUCGUUGGAAGAGACCAUGAAAGACGUUGCAGCUGGUGAUCAACCGUCAGAGGAGCAGGCCAGCACAGAGAAGACGCCUGAAGAUGAGAAAAAAAGGAAGAAGAGAAGCCCGCAAAGCCUUCCGUCUUUCGACAGCUCCGUUCCCAUCGAAUUUCCCCACCUUCUUGGAUUUUUGAACACUCCAAUCCGCAUUUACCGCUAUCUCAAUCAACGACAUGUCGCCGAGAACGUUGGCCGUGAAGUUGCAGGCCUCGUUCUUGCCUCCAGCUCCCGGUCCUACCGCAACGAAUCCUUCAGUCAAGACUCCGAGCUGAGCGGAGUCACCGUCGACCUGACUCCAUCCUCCGACGACGGCUCGUUCACCGACGUUGCCCGCGGUAACCUCGAGCAACAGACCAUUCUGGAGAACGCAGAGAAAGAGUGGCACAAGUCCGUGUACAAACGCGACGAUGAGGACAAAGAACGCGAGUGGCUAGACGACGUGAUCCUGGACCCGCGGAUUGCUUCUCGCAUGCAACUUUCCAUUCUCUCGCCCGAGGAUGAGGCCCGCGCCCAGCGCAUCGGGGAAGAAAAUGAAUAUAUUCUCGGCAGGGAGCGGCCCGUGCCUGUCGCUUUCUGGCAGCGCAUGUGGAUCAAAUAUGGCUAUGGCGAGGAUGAGGAGACACUGAAGAAGAAGCCGAUCCUCGGCAACAUUGAUAGCGAGGACAGUUCUUGA